CUUAUCUCAAAAGUAUAGAAAAAGUAGAAAAAAAACCCAAAAAGAAUGGAAACCAUUUACCAAAAUGAUUCCUCACAAACAUGUCCUCAAUGUUGUUGCAAAGUCUCAAUUUUCAACUCACCAAAUUCACAAAACACAAAACCAAAACACAGAAACAGUUCUUCUGAGUGUAGACACACAUUUGCAUCAACAACAACAUCAUCAAUCUUUCCAAACACACAUUUCACAAACCAUGAAUCUCUUCCAUCUCUUCAUGAAUCAUUCAUUGAAUUCACAAAAGUUUAUCCUCAAUAUUAUGAGACUGAAAAAAUUGACCAUGUUAGAGAAAAUGAAUAUUCUCAUCUCUCAUUUUCUAAUCAAACUUGUCUUGAUUAUAUUGGUAUUGGUCUUUUUUCUUAUUCUCAAAUGCAACAACAACAACAACAUAAACAUAUUCAUGAUGUUAUUUAUACAUCAAAAACCAAACUUUCUUCAAAAACUUAUCCUCAAACACAGCAAUCUCUACCUCAAUUUUCUGACAUGCCCUUUUUCAGCAUAUCAAGCAAAAAUGGAAAUUUGAAGACUUUAUUACUUCAUGGUGGAAAAGAUUCUGAAUUCGAGUCUUCCAUGCGAAAAAGAAUCAUGAGUUUCCUUAACAUAUCCGAAGCCGAUUACUUCAUGGUUUUCACAGCAAACAGAACAUCAGCUUUCAAACUAGUGGCUGAUUGUUACCAAUUCACAACUAGUAGAAAGCUUUUAACUGUUUAUGACCACGAAAGCCAAGCCGUGGAAGCGAUGAUUAGUUCGUCGGAGAAAAGAGGAGCUAAAUCUAUGUCAGCUGAGUUUUCAUGGCCAAGGCUAAGAAUUCAAUCAACAAAGUUGAAGAAAAUGAUUGUGAGUAAAAGAAAAAAGAAGAAAAAAAAGGGUCUUUUUGUUUUGCCUAUUCAUUCAAGAAUAACAGGUGCAAGAUAUCCUUAUAUUUGGAUUAGCAUAGCACAAGAAAAUGGUUGGAAUGUUUUAGUUGAUGCUUGUGCAUUAGCACCAAAAGAUAUGGAUUGUUUUGGACUUUCUCUUUUUCAACCUGAUUUUUUGAUUUGUUCUUGUUAUAAAGUUUUUGGUGAUAACCCUUCUGGAUUUGGUUGCCUUUUUGUCAAGAAAUCUUCUGUUUCAACUUUGGAAACAACUUCUUCUGCAGGAAUUGUUAACCUUGUUGAAGAAAAACAGAUUCAUCAACCAUUAGAAGAUUCUUUUGGUUAUAAAGACAAUGAAUUUGAAGAAAAGAAAUCAAUACUUACCUUACAUUUACAUGAAAAUGAACCAUUUUAUUUGUCAUCUUUUUCAAAAAAAUUUGAAGAAGGAGAACCAUCUGAGUCAAAACAACAGCAUCAAAGUAGUGAAAUCGAGGAGGUGGAAAAGCCGGUUGAAAUCGACGAAAAGGGUGUCAAAGAAACUGAAAAAAAUUUGAGCUUUGAUGUUGAAUGUAGGUGUUUAGAUCAAGUGGAUUCAUUAGGAUUGAUAAUGAUCAAUGAUAGAGCAAGGUAUCUUAUAAAUUGGUUGGUUAAUUCAAUGUUGAAGCUUAAGCAUCCUAACACAGAAGGGGUACCUCUAGUGAAGAUUUAUGGUCCAAAAGUUAAGUUUGAUAGAGGACCUGCAAUUGCAUUCAAUAUAUUUGAUUGGAAAGGUGAAAAAGUUGAGGCUGUUCUUGUUCAAAAACUUGCUGAUAGAAGCAACAUUUCUAUAAGUUAUGGAUUCUUGAAUCAUAUAUGGUUUUCUGAUAAGUAUGCAGAUGAAAAGGGAAGAGUUUUAAAGGAUAAAGUAGAUGGAGGAGAGAAGAAAAAGAAUAAGAAAGAUAAAGAAAAAGUUGGAAUAACUGUUGUUACUGCUGCAUUAGGGUUUUUGGCUAAUUUUGAAGAUGUUUAUAAGCUUUGGUGUUUUGUUGCUAGGUUUCUUGAUGCUGAUUUUGUGGAGAAGGAAAGGUGGAGAUAUACUGCUCUUAAUCAGAAAACUGUUGAAGUUUAAAUUCUUCCAUUUUGUUUCAUUCAUUCUAAUUUUAGAUUCUGUCUUAGGUGAGUCUGUAGUAUGGUUUUAAAUUGCGGUCUGCAAUUGCAAUUUUGACUGCAAUAUAACAAUUGUAUAAGUCUUUAUCAUUGUAAUUUCGGUCACAUUGACUAUAUUUUAUCGUGGUAUAAAUGUUCCAAGUUUAAUUGCAAUUGCGACUGAAGUUUAAAAACAUAGUCUAUAAAGUGUGAAUUUGGCUGAAAUUUCAUAUAUAUGAAAAUUUGAUUCUCCUAGGAAGGACCCUAUUCAUUCA